AUGAAGCUUAUCCACUCUCUUUACGCCUUCGGCCUGCUUUGGGCUGGUUAUCCCAGAGCUGCUGCUAGGCCAUCUACGUCCGCUGGAUUGAUAUCCUGGCAUGGAGCCCGCUUCCCCUCCCUCAAUACUCGGGAGUUCCAGAAUGCACCCAUUCCACUGACAAACUUUGGAAAUAACUUCUAUACAACAAACAUAGGUGUUCUCGGGAAAGAGAUUCCGGUGGCAAUCACUACCGCGCACUCGGAUAUGUGGCUUUUCAGCUCCGAAGUGGUCAACAGCAAUACUACUGCCAUCCACGCAGAGCUGGAUUACGGCAAUAGCUUGGUCUCCGGAACGAUCGCAUUUGUCAACAUCACUGUUGGUCCAUUUGUAAAUGUCACUUCAGGUAUGAUCUUCAGAGGAUUAUGCAUGCUGAAAGUCGCUGAUCUUGUCGAAGCGUUUGUCAGAGUCGAUGAUGCGAUCAAUAUGACCGAGUUGUUUGACAACGGUGUCUACGGUGUACUUGGACUGGGCUUCGAGAACGCGUCGGUGAUUCAAGAGAUUCUGGAUGAGAACAAAUAUGAUGCCACGCUCAGACCCCACAGCUUUGCCUCAAGUCUGUUCGGAAGCGGUCCUGGUAUCUCCCCCUUUGCGUCUCUCAUAUUCGGUCGGGAUAGUGGAAGCGGCUCCAUUCAGGCAAAUGGCACAUUCACUUUCGGCACGUACGUGGACACCUACGCAUCGUCGCUAGCUCAAGCUGUCCAUUUGCCGGUGUUUUCGGACACUUCGGAUGAGGAUAGCAGCAACGGCACCUCCUUCCCAACUUGGGCCCUAACCCUGGAUGGUCUAACAGUUAAUGGUACCCAGUAUACCCUAAAUUCAUCUGUGCCACAGGUGCCAUCCGGGAAGAGUCUCGUGAUUCUUGAUAGCGGAUACUAUUCUACGAUCGUUAGUCCCGAUAUCGUGGACUUCAUAUAUAGUAAUAUCUCCGGCGCGGCAUAUUUCAAGGAGGUUGAUGCCUGGAUUAUCCCGUGCAAUAUGCCUGCCAACCUCAGCCUCACCUUCGGUGGUCAAGAGUAUCUGAUGGAUCCGCUGGAUCUUACCGCCAUCCAGUAUUUCAGGCUCACAAAUGGCACUGAAGUCACAUUUUGUAGCAAUACAUUCCAAAGUUCGUCAUUUAGACGGGGCAGUGGACUUCCGGCGGCAGAUAUGAUAUUGGGAUUGCCAUUCCUUCGGAAUGUCUACACAUUACUCUCCUAUGGAAACACAGUCUACAAUGCGACCACUUCAGAAGGGCCAUAUGUUCAAUUCGUCUCGGUAACCAAUGCGACAUCGGCUUCGGAUUUCUCGUCCAUCAGACACCGUAUACUGGCCAAUUCACCCAUGGAGCUUACCCCAUCCGAAUUCAUCAAAACAAUCAGGGCCGAAUCUACGAAUGCUAGCUCUUCAAGUGAUAAUGACCGUACCUAG